CGGUUGUCAAACAUGGCUGAAGCGCCGCUGCUACCGCUACAGCCGCUCAAGGGAAAAUGCUGAGCUCGCCCGGGCCGGGUGGGCGGCGGCGGCGAGGGCGGCGACGGGAACCCGCUUCCCGGGCGCGGCGGCGGCGGUCAUGGCUCGGCUGGCCGACUACUUCAUUGUGGUAGGCUACGACCACGAGAAGCCAGGGCCAGGAGGAUGUUUGGGGAAAAUAAUUCAGAGAUUCCCACAGCAGGACUGGGAUGAUACGCCUUUCCCACAGGGAAUUGAAUUGUUUUGUCAGCCUGGUGGAUGGCAUCUGUCCAGAGAGCGGAAACAGCCAACAUUCUUUGUGGUGGUCCUAACGGAUAUCGACUCAGAUCGACAUUACUGCUCAUGCCUAACCUUCUAUGAGGCAGAGAUCAAUCUCCAGGGAACAAAGAAGGAAGAUAUUGAAGGUGAAGAAGUGUCUGCUUUAAUUCAACCUGCAGAAGUAUUCGCUCCCAAAAGCCUCGUCUUAGUAUCCAGAUUAGACUACCCAGAAAUUUUUAGGGCUUGCUUGGGUUUGAUCUAUACUGUGUACGUGGACAGCCUGAGUGUCUCUUUGGAAAGUCUCAUUGCAAAUCUUUGUGCUUGCCUUGUCCCAGCUGCUGGAGGAUCUCAGAAGCUAUUUUCCUUGGGUGCAGGAGACAGACAGCUGAUCCAGACUCCUUUACAUGACAGUCUUCCUGUCACAGGCACUAGUGUGGCUCUUUUAUUUCAGCAAUUAGGAAUUCAAAAUGUCCUCAACCUCUUUUGUGCAGUCCUUACAGAAAAUAAGGUUCUCUUCCAUUCAGCAAGUUUCCAGAGACUUAGUGAUGCCUGUCGAGCCCUGGAGUCUUUAAUGUUUCCUCUUAAAUACAGUUACCCUUACAUUCCCAUUCUUCCGGCUCAGCUCCUAGAAGUUUUGAGUUCUCCAACUCCUUUCAUAAUUGGUGUACACUCCAUCUUUAAGACUGAUGUUCAUGAGCUUUUAGAUGUAAUCAUAGCAGAUUUGGAUGGAGGCACUAUUAAAAUUCCUGAAUGCAUUCACCUCUCCUCUCUUCCGGAACCACUUCUUCACCAGACUCAAGCAGCACUUUCUUUGAUUUUGCACCCUGAUCUGGAAGUAGCAGAUCAUGCUUUCCCACCUCCACGAACAGCCUUAUCCCAUUCAAAAAUGCUGGAUAAAGAAGUACGAGCAGUUUUCCUUAGGUUGUUUGCACAACUGUUCCAAGGAUAUAGGUCAUGCCUCCAGCUUAUACGAAUCCAUGCUGAGCCUGUGAUACAUUUCCACAAAACAGCUUUCUUGGGGCAGCGUGGUUUGGUUGAGAAUGAUUUCCUCACUAAAGUGCUCAAUGGAAUGGCAUUUGCAGGUUUUGUUUCAGAAAGAGGACCUCCAUUUAGAGCCUGUGAUCUCUUUGAUGAGUUGGUAGCUUUUGAAGUAGAGAGAAUUAAAGUUGAAGAAAACAACCCAAUGAAGAUGAUAAAGCACAUCAGAGAACUUGCUGAGCAACUAUUCAAAAAUGAGAAUCCAAAUCCUCAUAUGGCAUUCCAGAAAGUUCCACGCCCAACAGAAGGAUCCCACUUGAGAGUUCAUAUUCUUCCUUUCCCAAAGAUUAAUGAAGCCCGGGUUCAGGAACUAAUACAAGAAAAUCUUGCUAAGAACCAGAAUGCACCUCCUGCUACACGAAUAGAAAAGAAAUGUGUGGUGCCAGCAGGUCCACCUGUUGUUUCAAUAAUGGAUAAAGUGAUAACAGUUUUCAAUAGUGCACAGAGACUGGAAGUUGUUAGAAACUGCAUCUCAUUCAUAUUUGAAAAUAAAACUUUGGAGACUGAAAAGACCCUUCCUGCUGCCUUGAGGGCCCUUAAAGGAAAAGCAGCAAGACAAUGUCUCACUGAUGAAUUGGGUUUGCAUGUCCAGCAGAACCGGGCAAUAUUGGAUCAUCAGCAGUUUGACUACAUAAUAAGGAUGAUGAAUUGUACUCUGCAGGAUUGUUCAAGUUUAGAAGAAUAUAACAUUGCUGCAGCACUACUCCCUCUGACCAGUGCUUUCUAUAGGAAACUUGCCCCUGGAGUCAGCCAGUUUGCCUACACCUGUGUUCAAGACCACCCCAUUUGGACAAAUCAGCAGUUCUGGGAGACAACUUUUUACAGUGCAGUACAGGAGCAGGUUCGCUCCCUGUAUCUCACAGCAAAGGAAGACAAUCAUGCCCCACAUCUGAAGCAGAAGCUUCCCGAUGGCCAACAUCAAGAGAAGACAGCAAUGGACUUGGCAGCCGAGCAGCUUCGCCUUUGGCCUACUCUGAGCAAGUCAACUCAGCAGGAGCUGGUGCAACAUGAAGAAAGCACUGUCUUCAGUCAAGCCAUUCACUUUGCAAACCUAAUGGUUAACCUGCUAGUCCCACUAGACACAAGUAAAAACAAGCUCCUUCGAGCAUCAGCUCCAGGAGACUGGGAAAGUGGGAGCAACAGCAUUGUCACCAACAGUAUUGCAGGAAGUGUAGCCGAGAGCUAUGAUACAGAGAGUGGGUUUGAAGACUCAGAAAAUAAUGAUGUUGCCAACUCCGUUGUAAGGUUCAUUGCCCGAUUUAUUGACAAGGUUUGCACAGAGAGUGGAGUGACUCAGGACCACAUCAGGAGUCUCCACUGCAUGAUACCAGGAAUUGUAGCUAUGCACAUUGAGACCCUAGAGGCAGUACAUCGAGAGAGCAGAAGACUUCCACCUAUCCAGAAGCCCAAGAUUCUUCGGCCAGCUCUCCUGCCGGGAGAAGAAAUUAUAUGUGAAGGUCUCCGCGUCCUGCUAGACCCUGAUGGUCGGGAAGAAGCCACAGGAGGUCUCCUCGGAGGUCCGCAGCUCCUGCCUGCAGAAGGCGCCUUGUUCCUCACCACAUACAGAAUUAUCUUCAGAGGGACUCCACACGAUCAGCUAGUUGGUGAACAAACAGUUGUGCGGAGUUUUCCCAUUGCCUCCAUCACCAAGGAGAAGAAGAUAACCAUGCAGAACCAACUACAGCAGAAUAUGCAAGAAGGGCUGCAGAUUACAUCAGCAUCUUUCCAGUUGAUUAAGGUAGCAUUUGAUGAAGAAGUCAGUCCAGAAGUGGUAGAAAUCUUUAAGAAACAGCUAAUGAAGUUCCGUUAUCCUCAGUCCAUUUUUAGUACCUUUGCUUUUGCUGCUGGACAGACUACUCCACAAAUCAUUUUACCCAAGCAGAAAGAAAAGAACACAUCCUUCCGAACUUUCUCAAAAACAAUUGUAAAAGGUGCCAAAAAAGCAGGAAAAAUGACAAUUGGGAGACAGUAUUUAUUGAAAAAGAGGGCAGGAACGAUUGUGGAAGAGAGAGUAAAUCGUCCUGGGUGGAAUGAAGAAGAUGACAUUUCUGUUUCAGAUGAUAGUGAGCUUCCAACAAGUACAACCCUGAAGGCCUCAGAGAAAUCCACAAUGGAACAGUUGGUGGAAAAAGCGUGUUUCAGAGAUUAUCAGCGCUUAGGUUUGGGAACCAUAAGUGGCAACUCCUCCCGUUCAAAACCAGAGUAUUUCCGAAUCACUGCCUCUAACCGGCUGUAUUCACUAUGCAGGAGCUAUCCUGGCCUAUUAGUCAUACCUCAAGCUGUACAAGACAGCAGUUUACCAAGAGUAGCCCGCUGCUAUCGACACAACCGCCUGCCCGUCGUGUGCUGGAAGAACUCAAGAAGUGGUACUCUGCUUCUCCGAUCUGGGGGAUUCCAUGGCAAGGGAGUUGUUGGUCUUUUCAAAUCACAGAACUCCCCUCAAGCUGUUUCUACCUCCUCUUUAGAAUCUUCCAGUAGCAUAGAGCAAGAAAAGUACUUGCAAGCCUUACUGACUGCAGUUACUGUCCAUCAGAAACUCAGAGGCAACAAUACCCUUACUGUCAGGCCAGCACUUGCUCUGUCCCCAGGCGUAUGGGCAAGUCUUCGUUCCAGCACGCGUUUGAUCAGCUCUCCAACAUCCUUCAUUGAUGUUGGUGCCAGGCUGGCAGGCAAGGAUCACUCAGCCUCCUUCAGUAACAGCACCUACCUACAAAACCAGCUCUUAAAACGACAAGCCGCCCUUUAUAUAUUUGGUGAAAAGUCGCAGCUAAGGAGCUUCAAGGUAGAAUUUGCUUUAAACUGUGAGUUUGUUCCUGUUGAAUUCCAUGAAAUUCGACAAGUGAAAGCCAGUUUUAAGAAGCUGAUGAGGGCUUGUAUCCCGAGCACCAUUCCUACAGACUCAGAAGUGACGUUCCUGAAGGCCCUGGGAGAUUCUGAGUGGUUCCCACAGCUUCACAGAGUACUGCAGCUGGCUGUGGUUGUGUCAGAAGUCCUUGAGAGUGGGUCUUCCGCUUUGGUGUGUCUAGAAGAAGGCUGGGACAUCACCACACAAGUGACGUCCCUGGCGCAGCUGCUCAGCGACCCUUUCUACAGGACAGUUGAAGGCUUCCGGGUGCUGACUGAAAAGGAGUGGCUCUCCUUCGGUCAUAAAUUCAGCCAGCGCGGCAGCUUGGCCCUUAACUCCCAGGGCAGUGGCUUUGCUCCCAUCUUCUUGCAAUUCUUAGACUGUGUGCACCAGGUUCACAUCCAGUAUCCAACUGAGUUUGAAUUUAAUCUCUAUUACCUAAAGUUCUUGGCUUUUCAUUAUGUGUCUAAUCGCUUUAAAACAUUUCUUCUGGAUUCAGACUAUGAAAGAUUAGAGCAUGGAACUUUAUUUGAUGAUAAAGGUGACAAGCAUGCCAAGAAAGGAGUUUGUAUUUGGGAGUGUAUUGACAAGAUGCACAAGCGGAGUCCCAUUUUCUUCAAUUACUUAUACUCACCUGUGGAAAUAGAGGCCCUGAAGCCUAAUGUAAAUGUCUCCAGCCUCAAGAAGUGGGAUUACUACACAGAGGAGACUCUGUCUGCAGGUCCUUCAUACGACUGGAUGAUGCUGACCCCCAAGCAUUUUCCUCCCGAGGAGUUGGAUAUAGCUGGAGGAGCUGGGCCCCAGAGUCAAAGGAGAACAGUGUGGCCAUGCUAUGAUGACAUCAGCUGCAGCCAGCCAGAUGCCCUCACCAGACUUUUCAGUGAAAUUGAAAAAUUGGAGCAUAAAUUGAACCAAACUCCUGAGAAAUGGCACCAGCUAUGGGAAAAGGUAACCAUGGACCUUAAGGAAGAGCCAAGAACAGAUCAUUCCCAAAGACACUCACUGGGGUCCCCAGGACUUGUGUCUACCAACGUGCCUUCCUAUCAGAAGAGGCCUGUGCUGCACCCACUGGACCGCAGUACUGGCGAGGAUCAAAAUGCCACCAUCGCCCCAUCCAAUGGUGUAGAGCACAGGGCAGCUACGCUUUACAGCCAGUACACAUCCAAGAACGAUGAGAACAGAUCCUUUGAAGGAACACUGUACAAAAGAGGAGCAUUGCUAAAGGGUUGGAAACCCCGUUGGUUUGUUUUAGAUGUAACAAAACAUCAGCUGCGAUACUAUGAUUCGGGGGAAGACACAAGCUGUAAAGGCCACAUUGAUCUGGCUGAAGUAGAAAUGGUCAUCCCUGCCGGCCCCAGUAUGGGGGCCCCAAAGUACACAAGUGACAAGGCUUUCUUUGAUCUCAAGACCAGCAAGCGUGUGUAUAACUUCUGUGCUCAGGAUGGACAGAGUGCCCAGCAAUGGAUGGACAGGAUCCAGAGCUGCAUCUCUGAUGCCUGACCAAGCACAAAAGGUGGAGGAGCUCAUCUGCCAGCAGGAGCGGACGAUGGUCACCCCAGGACUGAGGUUCUGCUUUCCCUGUCCCUUCUUGGAGCAGUUGCCUUGGCACACAGGUCUGGUAGGCGCCCAGGCCCCUCACAGCCUCAUUCCAGCAGGAUUUAAGUGACUAGGGAUCAGAGGAAGCUCUGAAACCUGCUGCCAUCGUCUCCUAGGCAAGCUAGCUACUGCCCAAGUCCUCAUAAAGCUCCUUUUUGUUCUCCAAGGUCAUAAUUUCCUUCAAGAACUUUUGACAACAAAAAUCCAAACCCUCCAAAGGUCAUAGAAUGUCCUGCAUAUGUUUUCCAUCUGACACACCUACUUUUAUGCCUAACCUUUGAAAUAUUCACCUCCCUGGUGCUGCCAAAAGGUGCUUCAUGGUCCCUGCCCUGCUUUGGAGCUUCACUGCAGGGGACAUCACCACUCAGUGACAGGCUAAGAAGGAGUGCACAGGAUUCUGAUGGGAAAAGCAACAGUGGGCCUGGGCCGGUGCAGAAAACACUGCAUCAAACCGCUGGUCUCCGAGGACCCUGUGCCUGUGUCCUGUGUUCUCUCCUAUUCCUUGACAGCUUUCUGUGAAGUGACAAGCAGCAGCAUGUACGACCCACAGAACAUGGGAGCAAGUUGGAGACUGAGGCCAGCUGCUCACCAGCACGCACCCGGGACAAAGCUACAUAACCAGCCAGCUCUGCGCUGAGAAGUAAGGCCUGCUCUUACACUCUCAGCUACAACAGCCUUGUCCUCUAGCCUAAAACUCAAGGAGGCUGUUCACCUUUGUGAGCCUGAGCAGCCGCUGCAGCUGCUGGGUCUCUGAUGUCUUGAUGGAUGUGUUUGUUUUGAAAUGUUAAUAUGUUAAAUACCAAACUAAUAUUUCAAAAUAUGUAUAUAUGAUUUCUAUAUGCUGAUUUUUCAGAUAGCCUGCUUAUAAUUUAAUAGAAAAAUAGCUAAACUGAUUCAUAAGAUUUUAGAAAUAAAAGAUUGUUCCCUUUUUAAAGAAUAAAAACUACUUUGUAGAUUAAAAAUAAAUCAGAUUUUCAAAUUAAAAAUUAUCAACAUGCUAGAAAAUAGAACUGUAUUAAUAUAUAAGAAAUUGGGAAAUAAAAAUGAAGGAAUUUUUAUCAUAUUCAUUUUAUAAAUUUGCCACCUGUGAAAACGGUUUUUGCACAUUAUUUGUAUUUUUCUUUGUAUAUGAAAUAAUUUUUGUACUUUGUUAACUAUGGAGCCCAUUGUACUUUUAGCUCUUUGAGACUGUGCACACUACUGCUUUUGUAACUGGAUUCUCUUAACUUUCAUGAAGGCAUUACAGGCCUGAAGUUCACUAACCACCCGAAAUUAAAUUUAUUUCUUAAGAAAAAGUGA